CUUUACUUUGUAUUUUUGCUGGAUUGACGAGAGUCAUGUCUCUUUCCUUGUUUAAUAGAAACUUAAGCAAAAAGAAAAAGUUCGUUCUCGAUGGGGUGUUCUUUGCUGAAUUAAAUGAAUUUUUUACUCGUGAGUUAGCCGAAGCUGGUUAUUCUGGUUGCGAAGUUCGCAAGUCCACCCACAAAAUUGAAAUUAUCAUCUUGGCUACUCGUACUCAGGACGUUUUGGGUGAAAAAGCACGAAGGAUUUUAGAACUUACUACAGUAAUUCAGAAGCGUUUUCGUUUUGAGCCAGAGUCUAUUAGUUUGUUAGUUCAAAAAAUACCUAAUCGCGGGCUCUGCGCUAUUGCGCAGUGUGAAUCUCUCCGUUAUAAAUUAUAUAAUGGAUUAUCAGUCCGUCGUGCCUGCUACGGCGUUUUGCGAGCUAUAAUGGAAUCUGGUGCUAAAGGCUGCGAAAUAGUUGUUUCUGGUAAACUCAGAGCCCAGCGAGCCAAAUCUAUGAAAUUCGUAGAUGGCUUAAUGAUACAUUCUGGUCAACCCUGCAACGAUUAUGUAGACUUUGCCGUCAGACAUAUUAAGUUACGCCAAGGUGUUUUGGGUAUCAAAGUAAAAGUUAUGCUGCCUACUAACUCUAAAGGCGAGUUUCCCGGCUGUCCCGUUAAGCCUUUGCCUGAUGUUGUUAAGAUUCACGAACCAAAAGAAGAUCUGGAAAUUCUUGAGCCUUACACAGAAGUGGUUAAUCCGGCCUCAGCUUUUCCCGAACAAAUUGCGCGCGCUUAAUUUUUUAUUAUUAUUU